GUAGAUUUAUACAGCUCUACAACCUGUUUCAAACGGUUGGUAUUUGAAUUAAAAUAUGUCAAAUAUAUUCGGAUUAUAAGUGGAAACACUAUUCAUAUGUACUUUCCUUUCCAAAAAAUAUUUUGUUACAAGUCAAACUUUCCUGUAAUGUAGAACGUAGAAUUAUAGGUAUUCAAUAAGAUGUCAAGUAAAGAGUUAAUUAUAGGUAUUCAAUAAGAUGUCAAGUAAAGAGUUAGAACUCGAAGAGGAAGAAGAUCAAUAUGAUGCAAGAAUAAACAAGUCUGGUUGUGCCAAAUAUCAUUAUGCUUUGCAAGUAAGAUGUCAUUCCUACUUGCAUGGUAAGCUGGACAACCUGGACUGGCUUGCUGACACCCAAAUUCUGCCUCACAUGUUGUGUAUGAUUUUUCAGGACUGUAGUCACAUAGGAGCAGGACUGGCCAAAAUAUCUCUUUUUAAUAUUACGAUAAGAAUUAAAGGCUCAGACAGAUGACUCAAUGGGGAUCUAAAUUAAGUCUGAUCCUGAAUCAUAUUAAAAUUUUAUACUGGCCAAGGAUGGUCUUGAAUUUGACUACUUCAUCUUUGGGCCAUUAGUGUGUGGUAGAUUAUUAUAAUAUUUGAUUCCUCAAUAUCACAGUGGCAACAAUUCCAAAAAAUUCUGAUAUCACACAUUUUGAUGGUCAUAUAUUAUUUUGAUACAUUGUCACUGAUUUUACUUUGCAAAUAAAGACUUUUUAUUCAAAUCUUUAGGACUGUUAUGCAGAACACAAAGAUUGGAGAAAAUGUACAAAAGAGAUGGCUGAUUUCAAGAAAUGUUUUGAGAAAAAGAAAUAAAUCCAUUUGAUCACGUUAUGAGUCACUAUAGCAGUCCAGUGGUUUUCAUCGAUCAGUCCAUAAAGGACGACUUCAGUCAAACACAUCCAGCGGAUAACAAACUAAAAACAUGAUGGCGAACUUGCGAAAAGUUCGUUGUUCUCAGAGUCGGUCCUCAUAAAUCAAUACUAAUUGUAAGAUAAAAAUAAACUUUAAAUAGUUUCCUUGUCCUGAGUGAAUCAAAAUUACGUAGUUUUCUUUUAAAAUAUAUAGUUUUUGUGUACUUAACAAAAGGUAGAUUACACUUCAAACAAUCUAAAAUACGGGUACCUGUUUUCGACUGUUCAUAUUAACACUGAUACUGCUAUAAUAUUGCAUGAAAUAAACUUCAGUGAUAUAUAAAUUAUAAUGUUUCCUUUGAUUUUGAGUUAGAGGAAUAUUUUUGGGAAAAGAUGAGUUUUUAAUUUGAAUGUGCUGGUUUUAAGACCAAGGCAUAUCUACAAUUGUGUAAGUAGCAUUUAAAGUAAAAAGUAAUAAAUAUAAUUCAUUGUGAUUGACAUUGUCAUUGUACAUGUUAGCGAACUGAUAUUUAGUAUAGUUG